AGGAGUCAGAACCCGAUUGCAGAGAGAGAGCUGCAAUCAGACUGGAAUUGAGAUCGGAAGGGCGGCCAUCGCUGCACCAAAGUCCAGUUCCACGCCCAUGAACUCGUCAACUUCCUCACUCAUGCUUCCGAGUUUGGUUUCAUCCUUUUUUUAGCCACUACUUUUUUGGGGUGGUCCUCACACAUUCUCCGCUCACUGUAGCUCAUUAGUCUGCUUCUUUCCAUGUCCCUACAGCUCCUAUUCUCGCAAGUUUUGGCCGUGUGGUAUCUAGUCUUCCGUUAAACUGGUGUUUCAGAUCAGGGGUGAGAUGGUGAGGUCGGGGAAGGAGUAGGGUGCAGUUUCGUUCUGAUCCGAGUAAUAAUUCGAUUGUUGCAGCGGAUUCGCUUUGGAUUCGGAGGUCUGAGAUCCUCUAUUCGUUACCGAUUAGUCGCUUGAGCUGCCUGAAGCUUGUGAUCUGCUCGGCGGGCUUGAAGACUAUGAAGAUUGAUUGCUAGCAGUAUUGGAAAGCGAACACUUUCGAACUUAGUCCUUUGUGUGCGAGGUAGUAGGUUUGUGCAGCUGACUGCGCCAGGCAGAGUUAAAAUCUGCGAUUGGACUGGAACAAUCGAUGCGUUGAGCAAUGUUGGCACUUUUCGAUAGCGUUCAAUUUCGUUUCGUCGUUCCCAAGCGGCGUGGAAAUUACGAGAUUAUAAAGCUAUUGAAAACGAUUUCAGCAGUUGAUCAGGAUACAAGGAUCGACUGACAGCUAUGCCGCAUGUUGUUCUUUUUAUUUUUAUUUUUUACUUCUUCUCCUCUAUUUUUGGGUUUCAAGUCAAGCAAUAAGGCAGAGCCCAAUUGUGAUGUCUAGUUCUAUUAUAAUUUCGGUGUGAGGUGCACGCUGGCAUAGGUCACUAUUAGCUCCGCGCUGGUUGUUGUCAACCGCAGAAGAGGCACCCAUCAGGUUUAUUUAAUGAAGAGCAUUCGUAUAUCAUCCUCGUCGGUCGGUACACUUUCCUUGAUUGAUCGUGUAUUGAGUUCUUCUGAUUGGGUUAUUUCAGGCUCGUAGUUGCAGCGCUGAGUGCUGUCGGACGAGUUGGUUUUAUGCACUAGAUUUAUCUCCUGAAGUUCACUUUUCAGGACAUUGAAUUUCUGGAGCCAAUGCAUGUUUUUCUACAUUUCUGACUUAUGGAAUCAAGGCGUGCAACAUUUUCUUCUUGCAUCGCUCUCAGAGGACGGUCGAUUGGGAGGUCGGUACGCAGUUGAAGAGGAUUAGAGCUGAAUGAUGCCUAUGAUUUUACCCCGAAACUGUUGACGGUCCAAGGAGCUGGCGGUCAGUCAUCAAAGAAUAGUAUCUUCAUGUGAUUGCAAGAGAGUGCCCGUUUUAUGAAUUGGCUCUAUGGUGGACAAAAAGACAUGUCUUCCACUGUAUUUCUCGCCGUUGCCACGUUCCAGCUGUAUGCCUGCUGCCAAUGAACACUUCCAGCAGAUGGCAGCAAGUCGAAAAGAUCAGAACUCCGAAGUAGGGUGUGACAUCCAUGUUGCCGCUUUGCAGGAUUCGUGCAGCUUGAAGGGAUGGAGAAAGGCAACAGUAGUGUGGAAGCUGCUUGUCUUGGUAGUCAUUGGAGGCUUUGGUUUGUAUGCGUGUAUGGUAGGUGUGGAAGACAGGAGAUUUUCUUAUGAGACUGUGGAGGAGACUACUGUUGUCAAAGAUUGGAGACGAGAAGACAAUUCUUGUUCUCGGCAUGGCUCUGAGGGUUUUCGCCGACACUAUCCACUCCCACAUUCAUACGAGAGGAAUGAGUGCACAUGCACCCCUGUGCACUAUUUUGUGAUAUUAUCAAUGCAGAGGUCAGGUAGUGGAUGGUUCGAGACGCUUCUUAACAACCAUCCAAACAUUAGCUCCCAUGGCGAAGUUUUCUCAGUCGGGGAGCGGAGGGAUAAUUUUUCCUCCAUUGCUACAAACAUGGACAAAGUCUUCAAUCUGGAUUGGCUGAACAGCGCUUCGAAGAAUGAAUGCACUGCAGCUGUUGGUUUCAAGUGGAUGCUCAACCAGGGGCCGAUGGAAUACAAUGGGGAGGUUCUAGACUACUUCCAGAAGAUGGGAGUUUCUGUAAUUCUUCUACUUCGACGCAACGUGUUGAAGCGGUUGAUCUCAAUCAUGGCAAACACGUAUGACCAGCGUGCAAGGAUCCUGAACGGCACGCACAAAUCACAUGUUCACUCCGUGGAAGAGGUAAGAAAAAAAAAGCGACUCUUCAGUCCCAUCCCUGCUGAAAGCCACAUAUCCAGCGCGUGUCAUAUCGUUGAAGUGACGUGUUCACACACCGACUUUUCAACCCUUCGGCGUUUGUUGCACGUCACACAGGCUUUGAAACUUGCAGAAUACAAACCAGUCAUAGACGUGAAACAUCUGCCUGAGAGACUGCAGCGAGUAGAGCAGAUAGCCAGCGACGCCCAACGCUUCUUCAACAAAACUCGUCUGAGACCCGUUUACUACGAAGACCUCGUAACAGACCCAAAACAGUUGACUGAGAUCCAAGAGUUUCUCAGGGUGCCGCCGCAAAAUCUAGAAAGCCAGCAGGUGAAGAUUCACACACGCCCUAUGAGGGAACAAAUACAGAAUUGGGAUGAGGUGCUAGCUCGCUUAAAUGGAACCAAGUAUGAGCUUCUGAUGCACGAUGACGAUUACGCAUGAUGCACAGGAGCACUCAGUUUUGUAUCGAUGCUUCUUUCUUCGUGUUAUUUUUUAAAAUAUUUUUUAUCUUGUCUUUCGAGGUGCACACUUUGUUAAAUAUAAGUUUCAAGCUCUUAGAAGGUUUGCCAAUUGCUGUUUUGUGAUGUCUCUUUGAGUUUUUUCUUAAAUGUGAGGACCAUUCUCUGAA